AUGGUGCAGACCAUUGUCUCCCAACGAACCCCUCCGCGUGCGGCGAGGCCCUCGCAGCAACAGGAGACUCUCGCCCGGACCCACGCACCACCCCCAGAACUUCCGGGCUCGCCUCGAAACCCCACAACCCGACCGGGGAGCACGGAAGCCGAGGGCACGAUGAGCCGCCCCGAGCCCGAGGCCCCGACUGCUGACUCGACGAACGCCCUACGGGCCCAGCUGCGCCUCGUCAGUCAAAGGCUGGAUGAGGUACAACAGGAGGUUCGUAAGUCAAAAGGAGAACUCGGGACGGACGGACACCAAGGAUCUCCGUUCACCCCCGAGAUACAGGAUCAGGCGAUCUCGCCGCACUUCCGCCUCCCUGCCCUGGACGCGUAUGACGGCGCAACCGACCCCGCGGACCAUGUGGCCGCUUUCCGGGCCCAGAUGGCGCUAUUCGGGACUUCAGACGCCCUGAUGUGCCGGGCGUUCCCGACGACCUUGCGAGGACCAGCCCGCACGUGGUACAGCGGCCUGAAGCCAGGGACCAUCGCCUCCUUCGACCAGCUCGCCAAGGAUUUCGAGCUUAACUUCCUAGCGUACUCCCGACCAAAGCCAUCCAUGGCGUUGCUCUUGGGGCUCAACCAGAAGGAGGACGAGCCCCUUUCUCACUUUGUGAACCGGUUUACGACGCAAAUCCGUGGAUUAUCGGAUGCUCACCCCUCUCUCUUGAUGCAGGCCUUCAUGACCGGCUUGCGGCCCUCCAGGUUCUUCUGGUCCCUCGUGGAAAGGCCCCCCGUCGCGGUCCCUGAGAUGCUCUAA